AUGCGUUUCGGAUUCGCAGUUGGCGCAGCAGCGCUGCUCUCGUACGCCUCUCCGGCGCUUGGCAACGGGCCCAUCUUCGUGGGAUACUAUCCGACUUGGAGACAUGGAGAUAUUUCCAACAUGGACUUGUCCAACUACACCCACAUCAAUGUUGCCUUUGCGAUACCAGAGAAGAAUGGAUCUCUGUCGUUUGAGGGCGACGCCUUCAUGGACAAGGUUGUCACCAAACUGCAGGGCGCCGGCUCAAAGGUGCUUGUGUCAGUCGGCGGAUGGGCGGGCUCUGCCCACUUCUCAACAAUCGUCAAAGACGCCGCCCUCAGUGAGGCUUUCACCACGAGCAUCCUUCACAUGAUGAAGAAGUAUAAGCUGGACGGCAUCGACAUCGACUGGGAGUUUCCGGGUCUCCAAGGAAGUGCCUGCAAUGCCGUCGACAAGGAGAACGACGCGACCAAUUUCCUCAAGUUCCUGACGAGCUUGCGAGCUAAAAUAGAUGCGGCCUUCGGGAAAGGCAAGCUGAUCACGUUGGCACUGCGAGUACAGCCCUUUGAGGGACCCGGCGGCAAGGAUGUUUCGGGAUUCGCCAAGGUGGUUGACUUUGCCAAUAUCAUGCAGUACGAUCUGAAUGGCGCGUGGGGAGAGACGACCGGUCCUCUUGCCCCCUUGAACUUCGAGACUGGAAAGGGCACACAGCUCUCGUUUGCUACUGGAGCAGAUGACUGGAUCAAAGCAGGUUGGCCGGCCAAGCAACUGACAGGCGGCGCCGCUUUCUAUGGCUUCUCAGUUACGGCGCAGAAGGACAUGGUGGCGGCUACUCCCAAGAACCAGUACCAGCCUUUCGCCAAGGAACGCUGCAAGGGUGAUCAGGAAGAUGAGAUGCUUCGGGAGCCAUGCUCCAACGCGACAAAGGCGUGGACUGGCAUCUGGGCCUAUAAGAAUAUUCGAACCCAGGGGCUGCUGUCUUCGCCUACCACGGCGAGUUCGCCCUGGGUGAGGACUUUUGACAACAAGACCAUGACCCCAUGGCUCUUCAAUCCUGAGAACAAGACUUUCAUCUCGUAUGAAGACCCAGUGAGUUUGGCGGCCAAGGCCAGGUUUGCAAAGUCCAAGGGACUCGGCGGAAUGAUGGUGUGGAGUGUUGAGCGUGACUUCAACGGCGAAUUGUGGAGUGCGCUCACGGAGUUCAAGUGA